CAUUGAGAAAGUGCAGGGUUAUGGUUUUUUGCACAUGGCACUUCUUCCCAUUGAUAUCUACACCCCCAUGAAGUUUCAUGUUGAAAUGUUGUAUCAUAUCUAAGAUAUAGCCCUUACAAAUUCAUCAUACAAACAAGAGAUGUGUUUGUCAAAAACACAAUGCCCCCUAUAUUGCGCCGCUUUAAAAUAAUGUUUUUUUAUUUUUUUACCUUUGACAUUGAAGGAUGACUUGACCUUAAACUUCCACUUCUCAAAAUGUGCAGCUUCAUGAGAUACACAUGCAUGCCAAAUAUCAAGUUGCUAUCUUCAAUAUUGCAAAAGUUAUGGCCAACUUUAAUUUUUUUUUUUCGGACAGAUGGACAGACUGACAUACAUGUACUGACAUACUGACGGACAGUUCAACUGCUAUAUGCCACCCUACCGGAGCAUAAAAAAGGGCAAUAAAUUCUUAUUAAAGAAAGCGCAGGGUUAUGGUCCUUGUUCAUGGCACUUCCCCUCAUUGAUAUCCAUACUCAUUAAGUUUUAUGUUAAUAUCUUAUUUAGUUUCUGAGAUAUUGCCCAAAAAAGUUUUGUGAUAGACGGACGGACGGACGAGACAGGCCCAACUCUAUAUCCCUCCGCCUUUGGCAGGGGAUAACAAAUUAUAGAAUGGCCUAAAGGCUAAACAAAAGAUGUUGAAAUCCUUUAAAACAUAAAAAGUCACUUAUUAUAUUUUCUGAUAAUUCGGAACAUGUCUAGUCAGUAUUGUAAAAUCUGUAUGCUGAAGAUUUGUUUCGCUACUUCAAUGGAUGUACAACAAUUGUUUGGGGUAUUCUAGACCUUGGUUAGUUCAAAGAAAGUAUAUCGCUAAAAAUAAAACUAGGUGAAGGGCAUUACUUUUUUCUCGAAAAUGUAGUCUCAUCUUAGGGGUUUAAUGCCUGAUGUGCGGAAAGUGUCGUCCCAGAUUAGCCUGUGUAGUCCGCACAGGCUAAUCAGGGACGUCACUUUCUGCUUUUAUGAUAUUUUCCAUUUAAAGAAAGUCUCUUAUUAGCAAAAAUCUAAUUAAGUGUUAAGUGUUGUCUCUUAUAAGCCUCCACGGACUGCACAGGCUGAUCUGGGACCACCCUUAAGUUAUGCACACGUAUAAAACCCUUUUGUCACAGAGCACGGCCUAUAUAUAUUCAGUUUUGUAAAUACUUCAAAUAAAAGAAAACUCAUUCACAACAAAUAUAUGGGAAGAAAGAUACUUUGAAUACAUCAGCAUUAAGUCUAUAUUAAAUUAACAGUUUAUUUUUAAUUUAGGAAAAGCUAGUGUGAGCUGAAACUGCAUGAAAUGAUUACUGGACUGACAAACUUACUUUCAUAAACAGAGCUUUAUUAAACAUAGAAUAAUUCUAUACUCCAUUUAGUAUAGCUCAAUAAAGUUAAAUUAAAUACAUGACGAGAUAACAAGCACAAAACAUGUGAGCCUGAACACCCAAAACAACUGAAUAACUUUUUAAAAACAACACUUGAUAGACGUUGGAGUUUUCUUUCUUUAAACAACUAAGAUUAUCAUACACAAGAGUAUGACUACAGAUUAAACAACGCCUUUUUAAUGAAUAUGAAAUUACCAAAACAUUGCCUGGAUAAUGAAUAUUGAGCUCAUGUCGCGAAAACUUAUUGCAACUUUGAAAGCAUGAUGUUAUUUGCGGAGUCCACAAUGGCCAGCCUCGAGCAGCAUCUGUUUGUUCAGCCAGUGUUCAAGUACAGGGGACUGCAGAUUUUAUUUGAUCUCACCAGUUACGUUUUGUGGCCAUUCAUGGUUUGCCUUAAUCAGGCUGUUGGGCCAUUUUUGCCUGUAACACCAGAAAAAACACAACACCAUAUUAUUCUGAUCAAAAGAGCAUUACUUAUGCCAAUUUUUAUUGCCCUUAUUUUAUUAUUUUGCAUUCCAUAUUUAGUUGCUUUCAUUUUACGAAACAUUUUGCACCAGUUUCGGAGGCCAUUUUGUAUCCUGAAGUCAAGUAUGUGUAGCAUUACCGGGUUUGAAGAAAAAUCAACAUUUUCUGUUGCAACAUCAAAUUUAUGUCUUUUGCCAGAAUUUAUGGCACGAUUUAACAACCUAAACAACACUGCUCAGAGAGCAAAUGCUAUAGGAGAAAGAAUCUAUGCAGACCAAGUGCACUAUGCAAGCAUGGUGUCAAAAUUACUACACAAAUCAUCUAGUGAAAAAAUAUGCAAAGUAAAAAAUAGAUUUCACUCCAAAUCAGGAUAUGAAACAAGAAAUGUUCCCAAAUCAAUACCGGUUACAAAUCAAAAACCGAAGGUAGAUAUCAUCACACAUUUCCCAGCCAACGAUUUUCUUUGUGUGCAAGAGGCCUUUGAAAGGGACUACACCAAGAUGUUAGUGUCCCAGCUUCAAAAAAUUUACCCCUUCAUCGUGUACGACGUUGGAUACUGCAGUCCAAUGGUAAACUUCUGUGGGUUGAGCAGUGGUCUGAUGGUUGCAAGCCGUUACGAGAUUGCUGCCAUCAAGUUUAAGCCUUAUUCUGCAAAGUGCGGCUUUUGCUCCAUUGUUGGAAAGGGGCUCCUGAUGAUGAAGGUUAUCCUGGGAGAGUCUAAUGGCUGUAGAAGCGUGGGUUACCUCUUCAAUACUCAUCUGCAGGCCUUCCAAGGCACAAAGCCAAUAGUGUCUAGUCAGAUGUCAGAAAUCCUCCUGUGGACCACAGAGUUCCGGGAGAGGCAUGAUGCUCCGGGAGAACAUGUCACAUUUGAUAUCCUGUGUGGAGACUUCAACAUUGACAACAUGUCACCUGGUGAAAGCAGCAUGGCUUCCCAUGAAUUGUUUGAAGUGUACACAGACAUCUGCAGAGAGGCCCCUGGCAAAGACCAUGACUGGACAGUUGGCACUGAAUUACGCUCAUCCCUCCUACACGACAAGUCAAUAAGUACGCCAGAAGGGCUGAAGGCAGCGCUGGAGGACCCAUAUCUACGGCAACACUAUGUGAUAGACGCCGACCUGCAGACGGCCACCAUGGACUCAAUCUAUAAUGCAGAGGUCAAGGUUGACACCCAUGGCAACCUUGUGUUGUCACCCGUAGGUGGACGUCGGAGAAUUGAUGUGGUGCUAUACAGGAAUGACUGUCCAGUGACAGUGAAGAACUUCAACUUUGUGACGAGUCUGGCACCACACACAGACCACAUUCCCGUUUCCAUGACAUUCCACUGCGACAGGCCAAAGACUGAAUAGGGUGGGGCGAUGAUGAUAAUCAGUCAUCAGUAGUAUCUCAUUCAUGUGGCCAUUGCAUCUUGGGGAGGAUUGCUUUCCUACAGUAUGCAUCAGUAGCAUACUUGGCUUUACUUGUUAUUUUUAUGCCCUCUUUCGAAGAAAAGGGGGUAUAUAGUUUUUGCACUGUCUGUCUGUCAGUCUGUCUGUCUCACUUUUCGUGUCCGCUCUCUAAUUCAAAUAGUUUUCAUCCUAUCUUUACAAAACUUGGUCAGAAGUUGUAUCUAGACAAUAUCUAGGUCAAGUUCGAAUAUGGGUCAUGCCGGGUCAAAAACUAGGUCAUGGGGUCGAAAAAACAAAUCCAAGGGAAGUAAUAAGCUUUAAAUGGACAUAAUUAUCUGACCUGCCAAAUUAUAUAUUUUUGUUAAAUAAAUCAAAGCGGCGCAGUAGGUGGCUUUGUGUUUCUUACAAACACAUCGUGGUGAAAGGUCAAGGUCACCCUUCAAGGUCUAAGGUCAACAAUACAAAUCCAAGGGAAGUAAUAAGCUUUAAAGGGAGAUAAUUAUUCAAUAUUGAACACAGCAACUUGAUAUUUGGCAUGCAUGUGUAUCUCAUGGAGCUGCACAUUUUGAGUGGUGAAUCUACAGUCACGGUAGUGGCUUUUAAUUAUUUGCUACUAAAAUAGAGAUUUGUUAGAGACAAUUUUUUAAUCAAGGGAAGUAAUUUAUAUAAUUAUAAAUCUCAGAUUAUAUAUUUCCUUACCAAGAAUUUAAGUUCUUUUCACAGUUACUGUACAGAUUUGUUAUUUUGAUUAUUUAUAACUUAGAUGAUUGAUUAGUCAAAGUUUUUUUUUAAUGAUAUAUUUAUCAUUUUUUUCCAGUACUAAUUUGUGAAUGGUAGGUUUCAUUACAUACGGUACCUGUGGAAUUAUGUCCAUAGAUACAUGAUGAACUCUGGCUAUGAUCUCUUUGGUAAACCACAGGCCUUGGUUGUCAGUGAUGUCUGACUUGGUCAUUUUUGACUGUCUACAGAACCCCCCUUUCCCCCCCCCCCCCCCCCCCCCCCUCCGGUUGGAUUGGACAAAAUCCAAGGGACGUAAUAAGCUUAAAAGGGAGAUGAUUUAUAUACAUGCCAAAUGAUAAAUAGAAAUUUUAUUUCAAAGCGGCGCUGUAGGGGGCAUUGUGUUUCUGACAAACACAUCUCUUGUUUCUGUAUAUACCAGAGAUAAGUUAGAAUGUGUGAUGAAUUUGUUGUUACAGGUGUCAUUAGUUGGCAUCUUGAUAUAGGUUUGAUUUAUUUUGAUAAUUUUAAUUGUUAGUUCGUUUUCAUAACAAAAAUUCUUGAAAUGAAAAAAACAAAUUAGACAACCUUUAAUUUUGUCACUGUAAGUAUUAAUCUUGAGAAAGAAAACAUGCUAAGCAUGCAUUGUAUACAUGUACUAUAGUUUGCGAUAAAUCAUUCUCAGUAUUCAUGAAUACGUCAGUAUUUUUAUCGGUCUCAUAGCAACUCUUUCAUUUGUGUGAUCUUACAAAGGGUCGAUAUACCAGUAGGAAUUAUAUGAGCCUUGCUCUGUAAAUAGGGGGUUUAAUGAUGUGCCUAAAGUGUUGUCCGAGAUAAGCCUUUCAGUCAACACAGGCUAAUCAGGGACGACACUUUCUUCCUAAACUGGAUUUUUGCUAAGAAGAACAGAAAAUAUCAUAAAAGCGGAAAGUGUCGUUGCUGAUUAGCCUGUGCAGACUGCACAGGCUAAUCUGUGACGACACUUAAUGGACAUGCAUUAAACUCCCUUUUUACAGAGCACGGCGGAUAUCAUUUUUCCGUCUGUCCCGCUUGUCAUUUCAGCUGUUUAUAACUCAGGAAUGCCUUAGAUCUUUACGUACAUAAUUUAGCUUCAUUGCACAUUAGUUUAUUGUGUGUGUGAAUUAGAGCUACAACUUGAUACUCAUCAGUUAUUGCCCUUUGUUAAUGUCUUGCUUUUGUGUUGUUAUGCCCCUGAACCAGCGGUUCUGGGGGCAUGUUAAAAUCACACUGUCCGUCCGUUAGUUAGUCCGUCCAUCCGGAUUAGUUGCCGCUCAAUAAGUCAAGCAAUUGUCAUCAGAUUUUCACCAAACUUCAGGAAAAUGUGUUAGGCAAUAACAUCUAGUUCAAGUUCGAUAAUCGGCCAAAUUGACCCAGACACUCCUGAGUUACGGCCCUUGAAUCAUUGUCAAAUUGGGUUUUUUCUCGUUUCCGCUCAAUAUCUUGAGCAAAUGUCAUAGGAUCUUCGCCACACUUCAUGAAACUGUGUAAGGCAAUAACAUCUAGGUCAAGUUCGAUGAUCGGCCAAAUUGACCUAGACACUCCUAAGUAACGACCCUUGAAUCAUCGAAAAAUUGCGUUUUUUCUUGUUUCCGCUCAAUAACUCAAGCAAUUGUCAUUUUAUCUUAACAAUACUUCAUAAAAAAUUGAAAGGCAAAAACAUCUAGGUCAAGUUUGAUAAUUAGCCAAAUUGACCAAUACACUUCUGAGUAACUGCUCUUUAAUCAUCGAAAAAUUGAGUUUUUUCUUGCUUCCGCUCAAUAACUCGAGGAAAUGUCAUAGGAUCUUUGCCACACUGCAUGAAAAUGUGUAAGGUCAUUAGAUCUAAGUCAAGUUCGAUAAUCAGCCAAAUUAACCAAGACACUCCUGAGUUACGGCCCUUGUUUCCCUCGUUUCCUCUCAAUAACUCAAUCAAUUGUCAUCGGAUCUUCACCAAACUUCAUAAAAUGUGUAAGGCACUAAAAUCUAGGUUAAGUUCGAUAAUCAGCCAAAUUUACCCAGGCACUUCUGAGUUACGGCCCUUGAAUCAUAAGAAAAUUGCGUUUCCGCUCAAUUACUCAAGUAAUUGUCAUCGGAUGGUCACCAAACUUCAUGAAAGUUCUGCAAUUUUUCAACUUAUUACUUUUAGUUCAUGAUUAUUACAAAAUGCUACAUGAUGCAACUUGUGGUGUUGGAGCCAUAUGUCACUUCUAUGACAAGCUCUAAUUUUGUGUCUUAUUCCUGCAUUGACCAAACUACAAUUUUCAAAAGAUGUUUAUGUAUGGUCUGACAUUAUAGUCUUAGUUGAAGCAAAGUAUAUGUAUCUAACAAUCAUCUUCAUGACUCUUUUUAAUUUCCAGCAACAACAGUAAAAUAACUGUCGUAAGUAGGGUAGUUGAGUGGACAAGUUGUGUUUCAUUCAGCUAUCAGAGCUAUUCUUCAUUGUUUCUUGUACUAAGGUUAACACUCUGAGCCAUCAUUGAUUUUUAAAGAAACCAUCUUUGUUGGUCUCAAUUCCAUUUUUUUCAUCUUUUAUUGUAUAUCACUUCAUAAUUUCGCAUUUCUUUUAAUUAUUUUGUAACAUUUUCAUACCAUUUUUCUCCUCAAGAGAAAUAUGUCUUGCAGUCAUAAUCCAUGCUUUUCAAUCUAAAGUCAACGUCACAAUUUAGUGCCAUACAUACUUAAACAUUUUACUUAAGGUUAUUUCUAAUGACCAGAUCAUAUAUCACAAUAAUGACUGACGGCGCUCUAUCAUAUAUGAUCAAUAUCUCGAUUCAAUGUCCAAUUUUAGUAUUUUACUCCUGAACCAAUACGAAAAUGUCUAUAGAAUGUUUUAAUCGUAUAAAUAGUUUAAUAAUUUGCUGAUAUGAGAUAAUGUUUUUCCCACAUGAAAAAUAUUGCGUUUUUUUUUUCAAAGCAAUUCGAAUAUGGGCAAUCCACUUUAUCUGUAUCAAAGCAAUAGUUUAGGCGGAAUGUGGGGGUUUCUUAAACUCCUUAUAUCCCUUUAGUGGUAUACAUGUGUUUUUGUAUAUUGUGUGUCUUCUUACUAAGAAUUGAAUUCCAUAAAACCAUGUGAUGUUUUAUUGAUAUAUUGGUAUCAUUUAAGAUUUAUACACUUACAUGUAAAUGAACUUGUAUUGUUAUUGUUUAAACAAUUCAAAAAAUUAUUAUUUAAGUUUCAUAUCAAUGAUAUUUUGUGUUGAUUUGAAAACAUGUAUACGUUAUGCAGACUUGACCAUUCAUAUUCAUGUUGGUUUAAGUAUCUAGGAUAAAUUGUCUCGUCUCGUUCUACCAAGAUGUCAGUGAUUAACACACAGUUUAUGUUCAAAGUUAAUUAAAUAAUAAAAGAUUGUUCAACUUAACUUAAGAAAUUUGAUCAUCAUAAUUAUGUACCAAUGUUUGAUUAUUGAUUCUCAUAAAAUACAUAUCAUGUUUGCAAAUGUUUUACCUACAUGCUUUUUAUAUGAAACUUUUUGUUUGCUUUACAAGUAUUGAAGUGCAUGUUACUCUUGUUUUCUCACCAGAGCCAAGUAGGCCCAGGGUUAUUGUAUUUGCCAUCGCCAUGUGAAAUUCUACAAAAUUCCUCGUCCAAGUUUGUUAUUACCAUGCCUCUGGGUUUGACAUUUGUCCCGCCCUGUGGGUGACUUUUUUUCUUAUAUGUGUAUAGUAAAAACUCUCGUAUGAUAUUGAAAUUGUACAUUUACGAGCAAAUGCGAGAUAUGCUUCGGGCAGCGUAUGAAGAACGACGUACUUCUCAUGAGCUGUCCGAAGCCAAUCUGGCAUUGGCUCGUAAAUGUUUGGAAAUCGUCUCGGUUAAUUCACAUGGAAUAUAUUGUCUCAAAAAAUAAGAAUAAGCAUUUUGUAUCUCGUUAAAUAUAUGAUACCAUACCAUAUCUAGCGUUAAAAAGUUGGCUGUUGCUAUUUGGACCACUGAUUUUUACGUGUUAACUAUAUUUGUCAAAAUAUUCGUUGAUUUUAAGUGUUUAUGGGGCUUUUAUUCAUCAUUCAAUUAAGAAAGCCAUGCAAGUACAAAUGAUAAAAAUGAGAUGAUUUAUUAAUGUCAUAUAUGUUUCCCUUCCUAAAGAUCAAGGUCAAACUUAAAGGUCAAAGGUUAAUUUUUUUAACAAAUACCAAAUAGGUCUUUGCAAAUACUCAAUAUGCGGUGUGUCAUACUUUGGGCGGAGGUUAAUAUCACAAUAAAGGUGACAUAUCAAACAUGUGCAUCAUACAGCUUGUUUAAUAAUGACAUGCACUAUUGGUCAUGGACUCGAUAUGUUACCGACAGGAAUCUAGUACUGACAGCGAUAUGGCAUUUUUAAACAAUUAAAAGAGAUGUGUUUUGGACUGUUGGAUGUAAUUUAAAAAGUAUAUCUUCAUGAUGAACGUACUUUUCUAACAUAUCAAUCGAAAUACGAACUGUUUUGCAACCGUGUAUUAUUAUGUAGAUUUGUCUGAUCAGAGGAGGUUUAUCAUGCCAUCGCUAUAUUGUGUAAAUCGCUUGUAUUUGUCGGUAUGAUAUUUCUUUAAAACAAAAAACUAUUUCGUGGAGAUGUCUAUUCGUGGAUUACUUGUUUUGAGACAGACAAAAAUAAACACUUAGGAAUUUCCAAUGUAUUUAUAAUCAGGGACCUGUUAUAAUACAUGUCCGCGUAAAUUAGCGGUGGGAAUAGCACUUGCAGAAGGUGGGCCGUGUUUAUCACAUGCCAAUUAACUUGGCCAUUCUUAUGAGAUGAUAGCAAUGGGGCCUAUUUUUGCAUCCCAAUUUACUGGUCCACUUUUAUUGAUAGUACAUGGAUUGGCGGGCUUGAAUGACCGUUAACAGGUGUUUGAAGCCUAUUUCCAAUUAGUCUUAUUAAAUUAAAAAAUACCAUGAUGACGAACUUCCUCUAUGGGAACGAAUUGAGAGCCGAUGCGAAUACUAUUGGUAAUAAUUAAUGGAAGCAAACUUUGUAUGGUCUAUGUUUGCAUGAAAAACUCUACAGAAAGGAUAUGAGGAAAUAAUGCUUCGAUGAAUUUUGUUGUAUCCAACAAAAUUAGAUACUAUUAAAUUUAGUUAAACACAAACAACAAAACAUAAAUUAAUAUGUUUUAUAUUCUCUGUAAUGUAAGCGAAGAAGCUAUUUCAUUCAGGGUUAUUUGCUAUUUUGCAUUCGAUCUGCUGCAUGUUGGCUUUUUCAAAUACAACAUCCACGAAAGUAUAAUAAACCCACCGAGCACCGGGUGUUUACAAUCAGUGCUUAAUAUUUAUACAUAAAUUAUUACCCGGGUAAAAUAUUCAGGCAGUUGUUACACUGCCAAAGUCAAAGCCUCGAGGUCUUUAGUCAGGGACCUAAAACCAAAUAUGUCUCUGCUUUAGUACAGCAAGUUAGAAACAAUUAAAUUUAAUCACUAUUCUGUAUUUACAGAAUACUAAACACUGAAUAUUUGUGCAGUUUACCAUUAACAACGAAUCUUUAUGAAUUCGUAUAUGCUUUAUUGGCUAUUGUAGACUUUAGUUUCGAAAACUCAUUGAUUCUUAAGCAUGUUAUUGUGUUUGCUCUAGGGGUAAGACUAAAGCAGUUUAUGUAUGAAAACCGUUGCGCCAUUAAAAUCUUGAAAAUAAAUAGUAUUACUGUGA